AGCUAGCAAAGGAGUUUCCAGCAUCACCUAUUUCCCUUUUGAAACACUAAGGUUUCUUGUCAUUUGAGCCAGCAAUGGAUCUGAAGAAAAUCAAGGAUUACAUUUACUGGCUGCAUUUUCAGUAUCUCCUGGUCACCUGCAGUUACGUCCUGGAGCCUUGGGAACGAUCCAUGUUCGAUACUAUCAUAAUUACUGUUGUUGCUAUGGUGGUAUACACUGCCUAUGUUUUCAUCCCCAUCCAUGUCCGCUUGGCUUUUGAUUUUUUUUCCCAAGUCUUUGGAAGCCAAACUGAAAGCACACUUUGAUCUUCCAGCACUGACUCAAGGGCUUUGCCUUCUUUGGAAAUGCUCUUUCUCUACACUAUGAUACUCAGCUCUGCCUAGAUUUCUUUUGGAUAUGAUUGUGAGCCUGUUGGUUCAAAUGCACAUAUUCCCCACCGGCCCCCUCCUCUUGAAUAAAAAGCCAUGCCAUCAGGCUGGUCCUCACAGGAAUGCAUGCUUGCACAACUUCAGUCCAACCAUGAGUCAGUCACUGGAAUUAGCUUCAUGAAUUGAGUUCACACAUGACAGAUUUGCAAUCAAAUGCAAGCAUUUGAUCUUUGAACACUGUUCCCCAUUGGAAGAAACAAUCGACUUGCAUUUUACCUUUCAGUUGUCUGGAUUCCCAUUAUGUAAGUUGAUGUUUUAAUUGGAAGGACACACAGUUGCAAACAUUUUAAUAAAAAGAAAAAUAUGUUAAGGCUUUCAAAAGAUUCAAUAACUUUUAAUUUUAUGAUGGCACCUACCACCCCUAUGUUCCCUAUGACAACAUAACAAAUUAGUAUCUGAAGAAGUAAUUUAACAGGGAACUUAGUUUUAGAAAGAUGGCCUCAUUGUAUUUAAAAGUAUUUAAUUUUUUAAAAAGAAACGCAACCAGUUGCAGAUAAACAACGAUAGACCUUUUGUCCUCAGUAAAGCAUUUUCUCCUAUUCUCUUUUGAUGCACGCAUUUUUUCCCAUUCUCAUAAGAAAUUGGUUUUGACACUGGGGAUUGACCGAAGAACUAUUGUGUCCAUCUGUCUCAAUCAUCAAUUGUUAUAUUAGCAAUACCUUAAAUUCCAGUAUCUUAAUUUUUUUUUAGUUCUACAGAGGCAAUAAUAUAUAAGGAUACAAAAAAAAAGAACAACUGAAAUAUUAACAUUUUCCAUUUUAAGAUGCCUUGGCUUUCUGCAAGAAGUAAUCUUAGACUUUCACCUAAUAUUUAUUUGGAUGUUUUUGCAAACUAGCCAAGAAUUGUUUUUUAUUCUGUUAUUGUUCAGCUGAGAGAAAUGCAUGCACACACAAAUGUGUGUAAAAGUAAUACUCUAAUAAUUGGAAGGGCUCUAAAGAAUGUACCUAGAAGAUUCAGCACUAUGGUACUACUUCUUUUUAGAAAACAGAAAAAUCAUCUUUAUUCAAAUAUUUUAUUCUUGAAAAAUGCCAGUGUUGUACUUUGUAUAGAUGGAAUAUGAAUGCCAAAAAGCAAGCUUGCAUUAUCAGUGUAUUCUUGCAGCUCACAAAGCUUGCGAUAAAA